AUGGCUGUUCGCGGCCGCUUCCCCGCCGCUUCUGAGGGGUCCUGGGCGGCCGCUGCCGCCGAUGGAGCCGUGGAGGAGGCCAACCCCUUCUCCUUCAAGGAGUUUGUGCGGAGCCAGAGCCAGCAUGAAGCUGGGGUGGAUAGCAGCAGGGGCAGAUGCAGGAAGGCCAACCCCAAGGAGUCUGCCAGGUGUUCUGUAAUAUUGGAUGAUGACUCCAUAUCUCCUAAAUCAUUAGGACUGAGCUUGGAAUGCCAGGAAUCAUUUGUUUCAGAUGCAACAGCUGAAAGCUCCUUGCUGGAAGAUGAAGAGGAUGGAUGGAGUGGCACGUACCAGCCAUCUGCUGUGGAAGAGGCUCACUUGGCCAGGGUUCCCAGUAUUUCACCAAGUAGCACUUUUGACUCCUUUUACUGUGACCCGUCUGAUUUCCCAACUCCUUCACCAUGGCAGCUUGGAGGGAGUGACUGCUCCCAUCAUGGUCCUCUUGGAAAAGGAGACCAAAGCUUGUCUCUUGAUGAAGAAGCUGUAGAAGAUGGCUUUUAUCCGCCAUUGCAGCCAAGCUAUGAAGAACUGAAACAAGACAAUUCAAAGUUGAAGACUAAGAUCAGCUAUCUUCAAGCAGUUUGUGAAGCUCAGGCAAACAGGGUAAAAGAGCUGGAAAGAACACUAGAGGACCACAAGCUGAAAGAAGCCAAGGAGGCCCGAGACUUGGAAGCCAUGGUGCAGCAGGUGGAAGAAAACCUCCAGCUGAUGACUAAACGGGCUGUGAAGGCAGAGAACAGUGUCAUAAAGCUGAAGCAGGAAACUGCACAACUUCAGGUUCAAAUGAAGAACUGCCAGCGGGAAAAGGAAGCCUUGAAGUCCAGUCAUUCAGCUAAUUUGGCUGUAAUGAAACAAAAUGCAGAUGUUGCCUUGCAGAAUCUUCUUGCGAUCAUAAUGAAGUCUCACUCAUCUAUCAAGCAACUGCUCUCGGGGGCUGAAGCACUGCAACUCGUAGCUGAUCUCCUCAAGUCUAUAGACAGAAUCUCUGAGAUACCAGAAGAUUCACCAUGAAAA